UGUUGUGUAUAGUGUUGGCAAACGCGUGCAUUCUUGAGAUGUAUGUUUUAGUUAUUUACUAGCUGAGAUACCAGAAAUCAAUGACAUCCUUAGAUGAAUUUGUCAAUUCAUCAGCAUGGCUUAUCAAGGUGUCGGGGGCGCAGCGCGGGCGCGAGCGGCAUGCGGCCCCUGCGGCAGACGCCCAUGGAGGUCGGCUAGCGCGCGCGCAGCCCCCGCGCCCCUCGCCCCGCCCCACAGCCAUGGAACUCUCUGACGUGCCGAGACACCGACCCCUUGCCUUCGAUAAGAUGGAAAGUUUAAUAAAAGAAAUGCAAGAUCCAGAAUCGGGUGUGCCUGUUCGAAGUCAAAAACUCUUUCUCACCUACAUUCCGUCUGCUUUUAUGGGUUAUGAUCUUGUCGAAUGGCUAAUGGACCGGUUCAAUCUCGACGAACAAAGUAACGUUGAAGCAAUAAAUUUAGCCAAUCAACUCUGCCAGUAUGGUUACUUCUUUCCUGUCAACGAUUCGAAAAACUUAGUGUUAAAAGAUGAUUCUUCUCUAUAUAGAUUUCAAAGCCCAUAUUAUUGGCCGUGGCAACCGCCACGGGUCGGCGGCUCGGCGCCCGGCCUGGCCGGCUCCGACAACGUCGAGUACGCCAUCUACCUCGUGAAGAGAACACUGCGCAACAAGCAGCGACAUGGUCUCGAAGAUCACGAGGUGGAAGCGCUCGCCAACCUGAAGAAGAACCUCGCUGCGAAGUGGGACUUCAUUACUAUGCAGGCUGAAGAGCAGGUGCGGCUAGCGAAAGAUCGCAAGAAGGGGGAUAAGAUAGUCAGCGACAGCCAAGAGCGAGCCUACUGGAGAGUGGCGCGGCCACCGCCGGGACAGCCGAGCGUGCAGGAAACCUGCCCCGUGCCUGUCCGCUCGAGGGUACCCAAGGCCAAGAAGCGGACCAUCCAGCAAAUCACCAGAGAGAUCGAACAUCUAAAAGCGAGCCUGGACCGUACGCGAGUGAAGACGUCUAUUGCCCUUGAGGCCCUUAUGGCGUACUCGGAGACGUUCACUCCCUACGAUCCCUGGCUCACGCCGCCGCAGCCCUCCAACCCUUGGAUCAGCGACGACACCUUGUAUUGGCAAAUCAACAGUCCCUUAGUGGAAGUGCCAAGUGAAAAGCGCGUGCAACGUUGGGCGAUAAGCAUCGACGAGCUGGUGUCGGAUCCCACGGGGCUGCAGGAGUUCACCAGCUUCCUGCGCAAGGAGUACUCGCACGAGAACAUCCGGUUCUGGCUGGCUGUGAUGGAUCUGAGGAGGAGCAGCGUCAAGCAAAUAGCGAAGAAGCUUGAGGAGAUUUACGAAGAAUUCCUAAAGCCCGGCGCGCCGUGUGAGAUAAACAUUGAUGGUGCGACCAUGGACCGCGUGGUCGAGGACAUGCGGACCGGCUCGCGGUACGCGCUUGACCACGCUGCCGACCACGUGUACUCGCUGCUGCUCAAGAAGGACUGCUAUCCGCGGUUCGUGCGCUCCGACCACUUCCGGAGGCUGCUGGAAGAAGGCAAGAAUGUGCAUCAGAAGAAGAAAUUCUUCAACUUCGGCGGCGGUCAAGUAAAGAAGAAGCCGGGCAGCACCGCGACCGGCGGCCUGUCGCGGCGGCGCGGCUCGGACCGGUCGCUGUCCGGCUCCGCGCACGAACUAGCGGUGUGCGCCGCGCAGCCGCCGCGCCUGGCCGAGCCGCCGCCCCACUCGCACUCGCAGUCCAACCUGGCCGACAUCCCCUUCAGGGAUCCAGCGGACGACGACAGAUCGGACGUGGCGCCGUGGGAGACAUCGAGUCGGGAGAGCUCAUCUUACAGCGGUGCGCGGCGUCGACAGGACUCCGCCGCCGACUCGGGCAGCUCCUCGUCCGACGUGAGCGCGGCCGUGUGCGGCGAGCGCGCGCGCCGCCUGCCGCAGCAGAGCACGCUGGACGGCGGGCUGCGCGGCGCGCCGCCGCCCCUGCGCCGCCUGUCCGCCGUGGAGCCGCGCCACCUCGCGCCGCUCGCCUCCCCGCCGCGCCCGCGCCCCGCGCCCGCCCCCGCCGCGCCCGCGCUGCCCCCGCACCCCACGCCCACCAUCAGCGUCAGCUCCGCGCCCGACGACGACUCCGCCUGCGAGCCCCCCGACUCGCCCGACGAGCCGCGCUCGCUCGCCGUCUCCGACGAGCCCUCGUCCGUGUUCGCGUCGGCCGACGCCACGCCCACCGAGCCGGCGCGCCCCGCCCCGCGCGCUCUCGAGGACGCGCCCGAGCUCGACCUGGCGACGAUCGAGGAGACCGCUCCGGCCUCGCAAACGGGCAGCAAAAUCGGCGAUCUUCCAGAGAGCGACGCCGCGGAAUCGUCGCCGGCGCGGGCGCCCGCGGCCGUGCCCGCCGCGGCGCCGCCCGCGCCCGCCGGCCCCGGCCCGGCGCCGGACGGUCCCGCGCCGGUCGCCCCGGCCAGCCCCGCGGCGGUGGUGCCGAGCGGCGCUGCGGCUGUGGCGCCGGCCGCCCCGGCCUGCGCCGCGGCGCUCGCGGCCGUCCCGGCGGCGCCCUCGCCCGCCGCGCCGCCCCCGGUGGCCGUGCCGCCGCCCGCGCCCGCGCCGGAGCCGGCGGGCCGGGCGGCGCCGCCGACGCCGGUGGCGCCGCUCGCCGUGGGGGAGGACAUCGGGGUCGACGACGACCACGUAGACAAAGUGCCUUCGGCGCCCCCGCCGGUCCCCGCGGCGGCGGCCGAGUCGGACGCGACGAAAAAAAUUGCUCACGAAGACGAACUGUCGUCGGUUUCGAAAUCUAAUAUUGUUAAGCGUGAUAAUAAGAGCGACCUCGGUGAUCGUAAACAGCGGAACGACAUUUGUCCCUGGGAGGACGAGAACUCCUGUGAGAGUGAUGCUCCAUUUGUUAAAACGUAUGCAACGCUCGGUUACUUAUAACUUUUAAUUUGUGUAGGAAAAUAUCAAGAAUAUUUUGAAAUUGUCAGGGUUCAUUAUAGAAGAAUGAAAUAAUAAUAUACAUUUAAUUUUUUAUCUUAGACCCUAUGUUCUAAUUAUUACAGAUUAGAUCAUUAUUAUGUAAUUAUAUGAAUAUUUUAAAGUAAAUGAUCGUUAAUUAUUAGAAAA